CCAAAGGCGGUGCUUAAGCAGCUCUGUUUGGAAGAGAGGAGGGACCAGACCAGACCACCCUGAUUCAAAGUAAAGUAUGAAUGUCCGUUUAAUUUGACUGGGGAGAUGUCCUGUUGUCUUCGUUGAACAUGAGGUCCGAAUCAACACGGAGUCAUCAGAGAUACUGAUCCAACAAUAUCAAGGACUUCCAAGCUCCUGAUUGAAAACGACAUUUUUACUUUGUUUCAUUUCCUAUCCAUUUUGUUGGUCAAUCCCAAAGGUUUCAUUUAGGAAUAUUUCUGCUGCAUAAACCUAUCAAUUAUUGACAUAUUUCAGUUCACCAGUUCAACCAUCUCAAUGGCGUUUUUAAUGAAAAAGAAGAAGUUCAAGUUUCAAAUCCAUUUUACAUUGGAGGAGCUCACAGCCGUGCCGUUUGUCAACGGGGUACUUUUCUGCAAGAUCCGAUUGUUGGAUGGUGGGGACUUUGCCAUCUCAUCAUCCAGGGAGGAGGUUCAGCAGAACUGUGUUCGUUGGAAAAAGAAGUUCUCCUUCGUCUGUAAAAUGAGUGCCAAUCCUACCACUGGAGUCCUGGACCGAUGCAUCUGCAGGGUUUCUGUACGCAAGGAGCUUAAAGGAGGAAAGACGUUUUCAAAGCUGGGCUUUGCUGACCUCAACAUGGCAGAGUUUGCUGGCUCAGGCUCCACCGUGCACUGCUGUAUUCUCGAGGGCUACGAUACCAAGAACACUCGACAGGAUAACUCCAUUCUCAAGGUUACUAUUGGAAUCACACUUUUGUCAGGGGAUCCCUGCUUUAAAACGCCCCCCAGCACGGCCAAGUCCGUCUCUAUCCCGGGCCAGGACCCCUCCCUGCAGCUGGACUGUAAGGGCGAGGGCACCGAUGCCAACUGUAACCCUCCCCCAGGGGCCGUCACCAGGACAUCAUCAGGACGGCCCCUCAAACCCAGACUCCCCUCAGCUCCUCUCAACGCUGGUCUACCUAGGGAGCAGUUGGAACAGAACCUGUCCAGCCCAGAUGAAGUGUUUCACACAGGACACUCCCGGAACUCCAGCUACGCCAGCCAGCAGAGCAAGAUAUCAGGCUACAGCACGGAACACUCUCGCUCCUCCAGCUUGACAGACCUCACCCACCACCGCAAUGCCUCAACCAGCAGCAGUACCUCCGGGAGCCUGGGCACCCCUACCCAGACCCCCCACGUCUUCGCCCACCCCCUCGCAGCAGACCCCCAGACACCAGGAGAGCCAGGCACCAAGCCUGAGAGACCCAUACGGCCCCUGCGGCCUGUCCUGCUCUCCAAUAGACCCUCCAGGAGGAAGAAGGACUCUGUGGAAAGCCACCCCACCUGGGUGGACGACACGCGCAUCGACGCCGACGACAUUGUGGACAAGAUCAUCCAGAGCCAGAACUUUGCUGAUGUCAACAACCAUAAAGAAGGUAUGUGGAGGGGGAGGAGCCAUGAUGGAACGGUGAAGACUAGUUGCUGAUGUCAUCAACCAUAAAGAAGGUAUGUGGAGGGGGAGGAGCCAUGAUGGAACGGUGAAGACUAGUUGCUGAUGUCAUCAACCAUAAAGAAGGUAUGUGGAGGGGGAGGAGCCAUGAUGGAACGGUGAAGACUAGUUGCUGAUGUCAACAACCAUAAAGAAGGUAUGUGGAGGGGGAGGAGCCAUGAUGGAACGGUGAAGACUAGUUGCUGAUGUCAUCAACCAUAAAGAAGGUAUGUGGAGGGGGAGGAGCCAUGAUGGAACGGUGAAGACUAGUUGCUGAUGUCAACAACCAUAAAGAAGGUAUGUGGAGGGGGAGGAGCCAUGAUGGAACAGUGAAGACUAGUUGCUGAUGUCAACAACCAUAAAGAAGGUAUGUGGAGGGGGAGGAGCCAUGAUGGAACGGUGAAGACUAGUUGCUGAUGUCAUCAACCAUAAAGAAGGUAUGUGGAGGGGGAGGAGCCAUGAUGGAACGGUGAAGACUAGUUGCUGAUGUCAUCAACCAUAAAGAAGGUAUGUGGAGGGGGAGGAGCCAUGAUGGAACGGUGAAGACUAGUUGCUGAUGUCAUCAACCAUAAAGAAGGUAUGUGGAGGGGGAGGAGCCAUGAUGGAACGGUGAAGACUAGUUGCUGAUGUCAUCAACCAUAAAGAAGGUAUGUGGAGGGGGAGGAGCCAUGAUGGAACGGUGAAGACUAGUUGCUGAUGUCAACAACCAUAAAGAAGGUAUGUGGAGGGGGAGGAGCCAUGAUGGAACGGUGAAGACUAGUUGCUGAUGUCAACAACCAUAAAGAAGGUAUGUGGAGGGGGAGGAGCCAUGAUGGAACGGUGAAGACUAGUUGCUGAUGUCAACAACCAUAAAGAAGGUAUGUGGAGGGGGAGGAGCCAUGAUGGAACAGUGAAGACUAGUUGCUGAUGUCAACAACCAUAAAGAAGGUAUGUGGAGGGGGAGGAGCCAUGAUGGAACGGUGAAGACUAGUUGCUGAUGUCAACAACCAUAAAGAAGACAGCAACCUCAGACUGUUUGUCAGCAAAGAUGGAACUACAGCCCUGAGUGGGAUACAACUGGGAAACAGUGUGAUUGCUGGUGUCUUUGAGCCGGUAGUGAUCGAGAGCCAUUAGCGAUGAAGAUUGAUGGAUGUCAAAUCGCUCUACCCCCCCCCCCCUCCCUCCAUCUACAUUUACAUUUACAUUUAAGUCAUUUUAGCAGACGCUCUUAUCCAGAGCGACUUACAUCUCACUCAUUCCCUCAGCUGGUGGGAAACGGGUACAUGGGGGACACUGAAGACAACUCCACUGUUUUGAACUGUUUUGUGUGUGUGUGUGUGUGUGUGUGUGUGUGUGUGUGUGUGUGUGUGUGUGUGUGUGUGUGUGUGUGUGUGUGUGUGUGUGUGUGUGUGUGUGUGUGUGUGUGUGUGUGUGUGUGUGUGUGUGUGUGCGCGCACACGACUGGCUGCCUUUUGUUCUACACCACUUCAACAAACACCACUAGACAACAUUACAUUACAUUUACAUUUACAUUUAAGUCAUUUAGCAGACGCUCUUAUCCAGAGCGACUUACAAAUUGGUGCAUUCACCUUAUGACAUCCAGUGGAACAGCCACUUUACAAUAGUGCAUCUAAAUCUUUUAAUGUGACAACAGAUGUAACCAUUUAAGCAGAUAUUUAAGGUGAUGGAGGUGGGAGGUGCGACGUAUGAAUAAUCCAUUAAUGUAGAAAAGCUUUUAAAAUCGAUGCUUUCGUCUGGGGGGCCGUAGGUGUGAAGUGUGCAAUGUACUUGAUAGAGAGAGAAAUGGGAAACCAUCGCAUCGUGGAAAUUGUAGUGCAACACUGAAAACCAGGAAAAGGCAUUGGAGUCAAAUGUGGCUCCUCAAGUUGGAACGUAAUGGUUUACCCCAUGUUGGAACGUAAUGGUUUACCCCAUGUUGGAACGUAAUGGUUUACCCCAUGUUGGAACGUAAUGGUUUAACCCAAGUUGGAACGUAAUGGUUUACCCCAUGUUGGAACGUAAUGGUUUACCCCAUGUUGGAACGUAAUGGUUUACCCCAUGUUGGAAAGUAAUGGUUUACCCCAUGUUGGAACGUAAUGGUUUACCCCAUGUUGGAACGUAAUGGUUUACCCCAAGUUGGAACGUAAUGGUUUACCCCAUGUUGGAACGUAAUGGUUUACCCCAUGUUGGAACGUAAUGGUUUACCCCAUGUUGGAACGUAAUGGUUUACCCCAUGUUGGAACGUAAUGGUUUACCCCAUGUCGGAACGUAAUGGUUUACCCCAUGUUGGAACGUAAUGGUUUACCCCAUGUUGGAACGUAAUGGUUUACCCCAAGUUGGAACGUAAUGGUUUACCCCAUGUUGGAACGUAAUGGUUUACCCCAUGUUGGAACGUAAUGGUUUACCCCAUGUUGGAAAGUAAUGGUUUACCCCAUGUUGGAACGUAAUGGUUUACCCCAUGUUGGAACGUAAUGGUUUACCCCAAGUUGGAACGUAAUGGUUUACCCCAUGUUGGAACGUAAUGGUUUACCCCAUGUUGGAACGUAAUGGUUUACCCCAUGUUGGAAUGUAAUGGUUUACCCCAUGUUGGAACGUAAUGGUUUACCCCAUGUUGGAACGUAAUGGUUUACCCCAAGUUGGAACGUAAUGGUUUACCCCAUGUUGGAACGUAAUGGUUUACCCCAUGUUGGAACGUAAUGGUUUACCCCAUGUUGGAACGUAAUGGUUUACCCCAUGUUGGAACGUAAUGGUUUACCCCAUGUUGGAACGUAAUGGUUUACCCCAAGUUGGAACGUAAUGGUUUACCCCAUGUUGGAACGUAAUGGUUUACCCCAUGUUGGAACGUAAUGGUUUACCCCAAGUUGGAACGUAAUGGUUUACCCCAUGUUGGAACGUAAUGGUUUACCCCAUGUUGGAACGUAAUGGUUUACCCCAUGUUGGAACGUAAUGGUUUACCCCAUGUUGGAACGUAAUGGUUUACCCCAUGUUGGAACGUAAUGGUUUACCCCAUGUUGGAACGUAAUGGUUUACCCCAUGUUGGAACGUAAUGGUUUACCCCAUGUUGGAACGUAAUGGUUUACCCCAUGUUGGAACGUAAUGGUUUACCCCAUGUUGGAACGUAAUGGUUUACCCCAUGUUGGAACGUAAUGGUUUACCCCAUGUUGGAACGUAAUGGUUUACCCCAUGUUGGAACGUAAUGGUUUACCCCAUGUUGGAACGUAAUGGUUUACCCCAUGUUGGAAUGUAAUGGUUUACCCCAUGUUGGAACGUAAUGGUUUACCCCAUGUUGGAACGUAAUGGUUUACCCCAUGUUGGAACGUAAUGGUUUACCCCAUGUUGGAACGUAAUGGUUUACCCCAUGUUGGAACGUAAUGGUUUACCCCAUGUUGGAACGUAAUGGUUUACCCCAUGUUGGAACGUAAUGGUUUACCCCAUGUUGGAACGUAAUGGUUUACCCCAUGUUGGAACGUAAUGGUUUACCCCAUGUUGGAACGUAAUGGUUUACCCCAUGUUGGAACGUAAUGGUUUACCCCAUGUGUACCAUUUCGUGUAUCAAUUCAAAUGAGGGAGCUAAAACCAAGAAAGAUGUAAUGGUUUACCCCAUGUUGGAACGUAAUGGUUUACCCCAUGUUGGAACGUAAUGGUUUACCCCAUGUUGGAACGUAAUGGUUUACCCCAUGUUGGAACGUAAUGGUUUACCCCAUGUUGGAACGUAAUGGUUUACCCCAUGUUGGAACGUAAUGGUUUACCCCAUGUUGGAACGUAAUGGUUUACCCCAUGUUGGAACGUAAUGGUUUACCCCAUGUUGGAACGUAAUGGUUUACCCCAUGUUGGAACGUAAUGGUUUACCCCAUGUGUACCAUUUCGUGUAUCAAUUCAAAUGAGGGGAGCUAAAACCAAGAAAGAUGUAAUGGUUUACCCCAUGUUGGAACGUAAUGGUUUACCCCAUGUGUACCAUUUUGUGUAUCAAUUCAAAUGAGGGGAGCUAAAACCAAGAAAGAUGUGGGGAAAUUGUACAGAACAUUUGAACUAGGCUUCAAUGGGUUUUCAAUGUGAAAUGUUCUAUUCGCGAUGAACCCCUUUGCAAUCCUCAGACUACAGAACAACAACACUAGACCUGGGGCUAAAAGUUACUGUAUAGCCCAAAUAACCCAUGUUAUAGAAUUAUAAAGUUAUAGAAUAUAUGAAUAAUUAUGUAAUAUGACAAUAGAUAAUAUUUAUAUAUACGGACCUGAGAAAGAGAAAGGUAUGCACAUGAGGCUGGCCAUAUGCAACUGUACAUACUGCCAUCGUCUGUGUGAUUCAUCAAUUACUCUCGGUAAAUGCAGGUAGGGUUGGUAAUGGAUGAGUCUAGUCUACGGCCUUGGUCCUCCUCCCUUGGCUACUUUACAUAGUCUGCUUUACGUCCUUAAAGUCAAAUACUGUCCUGAAAUUCACCAGCUGGCUUGGUGUCUAUACUGUAAAAGUAGGAAAAUCAGACUCAACUUUUCUUGGUUUCUCUAAUUUUUGUUGUUAGUCAUGUGUCUGUCUCAGGAUAUAUGGAUGGUGGGUUACCCUGUACUGUUUUGUCCCUGGCCUGUCAUGUAUGUCACACCGAAAUUGAUUUGAGUCACCACGCCCAUGACAUCAGUCCGUGUUCUCAAGGACAGGAGCUGUCUGUUACCAGGUUACACCCAUCCCCUUCUGGAUUGGUGUUCUCAAGGACAGGAGCUGUCUGUUACCAGGUUACACCCAUCCCCUUCUGGAUUGGUGUUCUCAAGGACAGGAGCUGUCUGUUACCAGGUUACACCCAUCCCCUUUUGGAUUGGUGUUCUCAAGGACAGGAGCUGUCUGUUACCAGGUUACACCCAUCCCCUUUUGGAUUGGUGUUCUCAAGGACAGGAUCUGUCUGUUACCAGGUUACACCCAUCCCCUUCUGGAUUGGUGUUCUCAAGGACAGGAUCUGUCUGUUACCAGGUUACACUCAUCCCCUUUUGGAUUGGUGUUCUCAAGGACAGGAGCUGUCUGUUACCAGGUUACACCCAUCCCCUUUUGGAUUGGUGUUCUCAACAAACCAAUGUUUACAGUGUGAUGCAAAAGGAAACUCGACCGCAUGUUAUUUCAAACUUGCUUUCUCGCUGCAAGGGAAGAGUAUUGUUUUUUUUUAAACCUGGUUACUGAUUUUGAUUGAAUUGGGACCCAUAACAUGUUGUUAAGUUACUGAAGUGGGGUACUAAAGUUAGCCAGCUAACAUCAUAGUCCUUCUUUGUGAGGUACUUUCUAUGUGGCCUUGGCCACAUGAGCUGUCCAACUGUUGCCAUUCCACGUCAGUCGCAAUAUCACCCGAGAUGUUGACUCGUUAUCAAGCAAAAUCAACCUACAAGUGAAUAAGGGUUGUAAUGAUACAACUGACAGCAUCUGGUCAUCUUCUCCAAAAUGACCAAGCUAUUCUAUUUCCUGGGGGGGAAAUGUAAUUUCAUUUCUGUCGCCCCCGGAUCUUGAAUGUGUUAGAAGAACAUUGCAUUGUAGGUAUGGUGUAGUCAGAGCCAAUCAGAGCCAAUGAGUCAGUCUCAUGCAGCUGCCCCAUGUGGCACAAUGCACCUGGUGUGCACUGGCUUAACAACGGAGGGUUUUCAGAAGAAGCUCCACCCUCAUCCCCAAAUGACAAUGUCCUUUUGUAUGCGUGUUUGUGCCUGUGUGCCUGCGUACGUCUUUGUGAGGGAGGGAGAGGGAACCAAAACGUGGGAGUUUGUGUGCGUACAUCUGCAUAUUGUGCGUGUGUAUGUCCGUGUGUGUGUCUGUCUGCACAUGCAUGUUUGUGCAUGUGUGUAUGUCUGUGCUGCAAACAAAUGUGCGUGUGCAAGUCGAAUUGUUUAUGUGUGCAGAAAUCAGAACAGCUUGCCACUCGCCUGUCUUACGGUUCUUGACCCCUGAGUAUCCUUUCAGUUGAUCUGAGUCAACUCAGCAGGAAUACAGACCUAAUGCAUAGCCUGUCUUACGGUUCUUGACCCCUGAGUAUCCUUUCAGUUGAUCUGAGUCAACUCAGCAGGAAUACAGACCUAAUGCAUAGCCUGUCUUACGGUUGUUGACCCCUGAGUAUCCUUUCAGUUGAUCUGAGUCAACUCAGCAGGAAUACAGACCUAAUGCAUAGCCUGUCUUACGGUUCUUGACCCCUGAGUAUCCUUUCAGUUGAUCUGAGUCAACACAGCAGGAAUACAGACCUAAUGCAUAGCCUGUCUUACGGUUCUUGACCCCUGAGUAUCCUUUCAGUUGAUCUGAGUCAACACAGCAGGAAUACAGACCUAAUGCAUAGCCUGUCUUACGGUUCUUGACCCCUGAGUAUCCUUUCAGUUGAUCUGAGUCAACUCAGCAGGAAUACAGACCUAAUGCAUAGCCUGUCUUUUCGCCCUUAGUCUGCUUAAUUAAAAUGUCUUUCAAAGGAAAAAGUGACAAUGGGCUUUUAUCUACCCACAUUUAUCCUCUACAUACUGUGUCUUCCUAACAAGGAUGUUUUAUUUACACCACACCAGACAUUCAUAGCGUACUGAGAUUUGACAUUCAGAGGCAUAGAGAGAAACUGUCCUAAAUGUCCUGGCCCUUGAAAAAUAACAUUUGUAUUUUUGUGCCGUUGCAAUGUUUUUGUUUCACUCUCCAAUGUGCAUAAUUGACAUUGUAGAUGUUGCUGUUUAUACUGUGUGGGUGUACUCUUGAAAAAAAGGAAACAUUAAAUGCAUAAGCUAAAACUCCUCUGACAUGAAUACACAUGCAUGGGAAAAUGUUAACGACACAGACAUUCUUCUUAGCUUUAUUUUAAUGUGUCACAUUGAUGUGGACCAUUCACCUCUAUUUCAUUAACUUGAUAUACAGUGGGGCAAAAAAGUAUUUAGUCAGCCACCAAUUGUGCAAGUUCUCCCACUUAAAAAGAUGAGAGAGGCCUGUAAUUUUCAUCAUAGGUACACUUCAAAUGUGACAGACAAAAUGAGAAGGAAAUAAAUCCAGAAAAUCACAUUGUAAGAUUUUUAAUGAAUUUAUUUGCAAAUUAUGGUGGAAAAUAAGUAUUUGGUCACCUACAAACAAGCAAGAUUUCUGGCUCUCACAGACCUGUAACUUCUUCUUUAAGAGGCUCCUCUGUCCUCCACUCGUUACCUGUAUUAAUGUCACCUGUUUGAACUUGUUAUCAGUAUAAAAGACAGCUGUCCACAACCUCAAACAGUCACACUCCAAACUCCACUAUGGCCAGGACCAAAGAGCUGUCAAAGGACACCAGAAACAAAAUUGUAGACCUGCACCAGGCUGGGAAGACUGAAUCUGCAAUAGGUAAGCAGCUUGGUUUGAAGAAAUCAACUGUGGGAGCAAUUAUUAGGAAAUGGAAGACAUACAAGACCACUGAUAAUCUCCCUCGAUGUGGGGCUCCACGCAAUAUCUCACCCCGUGGGGUCAAAAUGAUCACAAGAACGGUGAGAAAAAAUCCCAAAACCACACGGGGGGACCUAGUGAAUGACCUGCAGAGAGCUGGGACCAAAGUAACAAAGCCUACCAUCAGUAACACACUACGCCACCAGGGACUCAAAUCCUGCAGUGCCAGACGUGUCCCCCUGCUUAAGCCAGUACAUGUCCAGGCCCAUCUGAAGUUUGCUAGAGAGCAUUUGGAUGAUCCAGAAGAAGAUUGGGAGAAUGUCAUAUGGUCAGAUGAAACCAAAAUAUAACUAUUUGGUAAAAAACUCAACUCGUCGUGUUUGGAGGACAAAGAAUGCUGAGUUGCAUCCAAAGAACACCAUACCUACUGUGAAGCAUGGGGGUGGAAACAUGCUUUGGGGCUGUUUUUCUGCAAAGGGACCAGGACAACUGAUCCAUGUAAAGGAAAGAAUGAAUGGGGCCAUGUAUCGUGAGAUUUUGAGUGAAAACCUCCUUCCAUCAGCAAGGGCAUUGAAGAUGAAACGUGGCUGGGUCUUUCAGCAUGACAAUGAUCCCAAACACACCGCCCGGGCAACGAAGGAGUGGCUUCGUAAGAAGCAUUUCAAGGUCCUGGAGUGGCCUAGCCAGUCUCCAGAUCUCAACCCCAUAGAAAAUCUUUGGAGGGAGUUGAAAGUCCAUGUUGCUCAGCAACAGCCCCAAAACAUCAUUGCUCAAGAGGAGAUCUGCAUGGAGGAAUGGGCCAAAAUACCAGCAACAGUGUGUGACAGAAAACCUUGUGAAGACUUACAGAAAACGUUUGAUCUCUGUCAUUGCCAACAAAGGGUAUAUAACAAAGUAUUGAGAUACACUAAUGUUAUUGACCAAAUACUUAUUUUCCACCAUAAUUAAAUAAUCAAAUAAAUUAAUUAAAAAUCCUACAAUGUGAUUUUCUGGAUUUUUUUUCUCAUUUUGUCUGUCAUAGUUGAAGUGUGCCUAUGAUGAAAAUUACAGGCCUCUCUCAUCUUUUUAAGUGGGAGAACUUGCACAAUUGGUGGCUGACUAAAUACUUUUUUGCCCCUUUGUAGGUAAGACACUGAAUCUGAGUAUUUUAACAGGGGCUUUUACAACAAAUCUACUAUCUUUCUUUCACUCUGCCUCUCAUUACAUUACACUGUCUCUGAGGUGGUAUAAUGAUAAUUUGUAUUAAUGAUAAACUGAUAAUAGUUCUAAUGUCAAACACUUAAUUCGUAUAUUAGUUGUUUGUAUUUCCAAACCAGCUGGCUGGUUUACUUUUUGUAUGCAGCAGAGAUGUAUUGAAAAACCUGUGCUCUUCUUUGUAACACUAAAAAAAUCUAGUAUACAAUUUUGUUUUGGUCUUCUCUAGAGUUGAAAUAAUUGAUUGUUUCUGAUUCUCCUGCUACUGAUUGUAUGUGUACAAGAGGGCUUGUUGUAUAUUCCUUGUAUUGUUUGGGUUCUGUUUUCAGUACGUGACUGUUUGUAACCAGAGUAGAACCAUGUUAACAUGAGGUUCUGCUGCCAUGAAUGGAGCGCCAAGGAUUUUAUCCUGCAUAUUUGAAAUAUGAAUGAGUCAACACAGGGUGCGAUUUUCUCUGGUGCAGCACAUCAUCAGAUAUGUGUCAUUGCAUUUUAAAUCUGCCAGAGUAUCCCCUCCUUGUUGUGGGUUGAAUAACUUGGUACAGUAGGUAGAGGAUGGCAGUCAACACUCUGAGAUUGCUCUCUGAAAGAUAGAGGGGGAGUACUGUAAAUCACUUUCAUGGUUCAAAACCUCACAUGGGCCUUUCCUGAGGCUCAUCAGCUCAGUAGGUAGAAGAACCAUGAUUGAACGGGGACCAGAUAUGCUAUUCCAAGAUUCAUAACAGCACAUAGGUCUGGACAACUAUCUUGACUAUUGAAAUUACCAUUUUAUCAGACUUUCCAGAAUUAUUGUGAGAUAUUUAUUUUACACAUACACUUACAGGAUUGCGCCAAAGUUUUCUCAUCUUAAUUUUUUCUCCUAAAAUCUAUUUAUUCUAUCACUUUAAACUCACAUGUGGAGGUACACUGUGGCAUGAUGAAUUGGAACUAUAUUUCUACACACUAUUCUAAUGUUUCCUAUUUUAGAUUGUAAAUGUCUAGUGGAACAGUGUAAAUGUCAUAUUUUGUGGAAAUAAAAUUAUUGUUGGGCAUCUGAAAAA